AUGCACAACCGGACUCUGGAGAAACAAGGACUUGACGCAACUUCAGUGUACAGUUUGUUCUUAUACCGAGAGGGCCGCACCUGGGGAGGCAGCAGCAGUGAGGAGGAGAAGAGCCUCUGUGGAACGGUUCCUGUGCUCUUUAUCCCUGGGAAUGCGGGCUGCUACAAGCAGGUGCGUUCCCUCGCAUCUGUCUCCCACCACACCUACCACGCCUCUCAUGCUCAACGCGAAUCAAGGAACAGCCCUCCCUGCUUCGCCUGUUCAGACGAGCCAGACUCAGAGCCUCUCACACCAGCGAAACCAGCAGCAGACUCAGACGGAAAGAAAGAGUCAGGGAAAGCGAGGGGAGAAGCUGCAGCAGGAACGUGGAAGGGGGGGCGGGGAUCAGCAGCGUACCCAUCUCGCCUGGUGUGGUUCUCCGUGGAUCUGAGGGAGCAUCUCUCUGCUCUUCACAGCGCUCUGCUGCACAAACAGGCGGCCUUCGUUGCUGCUGCUGUCACUCAGAUCCUCUCCCUCUACAGUGCGUCCUGUGCUUCCACGCUCACCCACCCGCCCUCUGUGCUGCUAGUGGGGCACUCCAUGGGGGGGAUAGUCGCCCGCCUGGCCCACAGGAGACUGCGAGGGGGAGGAGGUGUGAGAGAGGGACGGAAUAGGGUGAUGGAAGAAGAGGUGAAGGAGUGUGCGUGGAAGGACGAGGCACAAGAAGGAGGAGGAGGAAUACAGGAGCUGGAGAGAGGGCAUUGUAGCAUUGUCCAUGAGGAAGGGAGCAGACAUGAUUCAGUGCACACUAUUGUCACCAUCGCCACACCACACAGGUCCGUUCAUGGGCGGCAGCAGUACCCCCCUCCCCAGGUACCACCUCCCUGCACCAUUUAUUCGGCACAGCCCCUCACGUGUGGCUCUCAGCAGGGCACGAGCAGGCAGUGUGGUGCAACCAGCCCGUGGCUCAGCUCGCCCACGCCCUCCUAUCCCUCGUCAACCCACACACGUCGCAGCCCUUCUCCUCCCCCAACACACGCCUCUCUCUCUUUCCACAUCAACCUGCCUAUUGAAGCACCAUCACCCCACACAGCAGGCGGUAGCAGCAGGGCCCUGGUUCUUCUAUCGAAUGUGCUCCCAUGCGACGGCAUGAAUCUCACCCUCGUUAUAAGCACACAGAAGGGGGCCGGGGAGGAGAGCUAUGAAGAGGAUCCCCUCGAUAUAAAAACGCAGGAGGAGAGGAGGCAGGGAGACGAUAAGAGGGUGAAAGGGGAGGGUCAGGGAGAGCAGGAGGCUAGGAAAAUGGGAGUGAGGAGAGACCGUAUGGAUUGUGGGAGUAAGGCAGGGGAGGUGGAGGGACGGUUUGGGGAGGAGGAGGGGAGUUGUGGCGAUGGAAGUGAGGGUGACGUGUCAUCCUAUGUUUUGACACGGCUGCUCGUGCCUCUGCCCUCCCCACCCGGAAGCAGUGCUUUUUCCCUCCCAGUAUCACCGGCAUCACAGCAGGUCACAGGGCAGGUGCCCCAGCCGUCCCCUCUUGCCCUGCUCUUACUGCCUCUGGAGAUAGCAGACGGGGGUGGGGCUGGUCGUGUGAGGACGGCUACUCUGCAUGUGAAUAUCAAUACCAAGGGCAAGCCUCGCCCCCCUCUGCACUUCCUCUCGGUGGACCUGACACCACUCAAUCUCCGCCUUCCACUCUCAUCCUCCUCCUCCUCCUCCUCCUCCUCCUCCUCCUCCUCCUCCUCCUCCUCCUCCUCCUCCUCCUCCUCCUCCUCCUCCUCCUCCUCCUCCUCCUCCUCCUCCCCCUCCACCUCCACUCUAACCCACUCCUCCCCGCCAAAGUCUCUCUCCCUGCUAUCAUUGCUCGUCUCCAUCGUUCAGCCUCUACACCUGGUAAGGCAUUCCUCCGCAUGGCCAGGGAAGGUGGGGGAAAGCUAG